UCCGAUAUUUUGUAUCUCUAGUCACUAGUAUAGGUUAUAUUUACCAUUCAUAUAAAAACGCACGUGGUAAAUAGGGGUAACAUUAAUCAACGUGUUUUAUUUCAAUAAUGGCUUUAAAAGCAAAGAAAAAAAGUUUAGCGGACAAGAUUAAUACAUUAGUUACCACGACACCAAUUAAUUUUGGUUCCGAUGACGAGGCUGAAGAUACGAAGGCAAAAGUGGUUGAGCGCUAUGACGAAAGCGAUAAUUCGGAGGGUAAUUUUCAAGUUUCAGAGAUACGUAAACGAAAUGUGGAUCCUCUGGAUCAGAUAGACGAAAGAUACAAAGGUAAGAAAGUUUCAAGAAAGGAUGUAUAUGAUAAUGAGGAUGAUAGCAUGGAAGAAGAAAGUAAAAAUGAAAUAAGUGAUAAUGAAGAUGAAGAUGAAGAUGAUGAAGGUAAUGAUGAUGAUGAUGAUGAUGAUGAUGAUAAUAUUGGAGUUGAUGAUAGUGAAUAUGAAGAUAAAGAAGACAGUAAUGAAAGUAAUAAUUCAAAUGACAUGAGCUAUGAUAGUGAAAUUGAUUUGAAACAAAAUUCUGAAGAUGAACAUAAAAGUAUUAGCAGCAAAGAAGAAAAAGAUUUUAAAACAAUGUCUCAUACAAACAUGAGAGAAGAUAUAGAUAAAGGCAAUUGUGUUCGAAGUCAAUUAAAACUUUGGGAAAAUAUGUUAGAAAUAAGAAUAAAAUUACAGAGAUGUUUAAAUACAAGCAAUCAAAUGCCUCAGCAUGAUGUUUAUACAAAUUUUAAAUCAGAUACAGAAUAUACAAAGAAGGCAGAUGAAGCCAAGAGUCAACUAAAAGCAUUACUAAACAAUAUGUUACAGUUGCAAAGUUUUCUGUUAAAACAGUAUCCUGAAACAAAGAAUCUGUUGACACAAAAUAAUAAAAGAAAAGCUGAAGAAAACAUAGAUAAAGAGAUGAAAGAUUUAGAUGAUUCAAUGGAUGAAGAAAUUCCUUCUGAUACAGAAGAUGAAAAUGAAGAUAAAGACACGUUAGUUCCAGCCGAAAAUGUUGCAGAUUUUGAUGAACAUUCGUUCAGGAAAAAAUUGAAACUUAAUAAUUACGAAAAGAUAUUAAAUGACAAUCAUAAGUUGUAUACAGAUUAUAGAAAUUCAGUUAUACAGAAAUGGAAUGAAAAAACAAAGAUAGCUACUGGUAAAGUAGGGAAAGCUAUGAACGAAACUACCUUGAAGCAAAUUGAAUUUGCUUUAAGCGAUAAAGAAAAAACACGUAAAAAGACCCGAUUGAAACGUUCUGAAUACAAAAUUAUUGGCAAGGCAGAAGCAACCGACGAUAACGAGGGUAGAAGGGUUCAAGAAUAUGAUUCUGAAAUUUAUGACGAUGACGAUUUUUAUCAUCAACUCUUAAGAGAUUUAAUCGAAUACAAAUCAAGCGAUAUUACGGAUCCUAUACAACUUAGCAAACAAUGGAUUCAAUUACAAAACAUGAGAAGUAAAAUGAAAAGAAAAAUAGAUACUAAAGCUACUAAGGGUAGAAGAAUAAGAUAUAAUGUACAUAACAAAUUAGUCAAUUUUAUGGCUCCCAUUACGGUAAACGAUACAUGGACGGAUCAUGCGAAAGAUGAAUUAUAUAGCUCUUUGUUUGGUAAAAUUAAACCAAUGAAAAGGGAAGUAGAUCGUUGAGUAUACUUUAAUAAAAACGUAUGACUUGUAGAAAUUUUAUAAUGUAAUAUAAGAGGAAAUUAUAGUUGAAGUUGUAUAACAAAAUAAAUAUAUAAUGU